GCUUGUAGUUGACUUUACACGUUUUUAUUUGUUCUUCAUAGCUGGCGUUUAAAGUUGGUUUUAAUUAAGUUAUAAAAGAGUUCCUGUGGUUGCCUUCAGAUCUGGGGACAGAUAUUUUUUUAAUAAACUUUUAUUCUUAAAGCCAUCUGAGCGAAAGUGAUUAUUCCUGCAAUUUGCUGACUUUAUAGUCAAGGACGAUGUUUCAUGAGAAUGGGAUGACUUACCACUGAUUCAGUGACCAACUGUAUUUCUUCAGUAAUGCCCUGUAUGGAAAUCUCCUAAACUACACAUAGCAGCAUCUACAUUCGCUGCUGCUGUGGUCACAUCAGCAAAAUCAUGAUUGUUUGUACAGCCAUCAAAAAGGUUUCGCGAAAGUGCAAAUAUGCUGUUCUGAUUGGUCUCUUGUUGUCAGUCCUGGCUUGGAAGGCCAGUUUUACUGGGGACACUAACAGGACCAUUGAUGAUAACUUUGCUACAACACAAACAGAAGAAGACAAACUGAGGGAUGAACUUAACUCAAGGAUCGCAGAAGCCAGUCACACAAAUAUUUCAGCAGAAAAAGAUGAGUGUCCAGAGAAGUCUCCAUUGCUAGUGGGAGCUUCGAAGCUGACCUUUGAAUCUUCACUGAACCUCAAGGAUGUAGAAAAGGAAAACAAAGUAGUGACUAAAGGAGAGUAUGAGCCGUCAGACUGUAAAGCAAGGCACAGCGUAGCCAUCCUCAUUCCACAUCGUAACCGGGAGAGACACCUCCUCUACCUCCUGCACCACCUGCACUCCUUUCUGCAGCGGCAGCAGCUACACUACGCCAUCUAUGUCAUCCAUCAGGCCGGUGAUGCAACUUUUAACAGAGCCAAGUUACUUAAUGUUGGAUAUUUGGAGGCAAUAAAAGACUUUAGCUGGGAAUGCUUCAUCUUCCACGAUGUGGACCUGGUUCCCGAGAAUGAUCACAAUUUAUACAUCUGUGACCAGCAGCCCAGACACCUGGUAGUCGGCCGCAAUGUCACCGGAUACAAACUCCGUUACAAAGGCUACUUUGGUGGAGUCACUGCCAUGACCAAAGACCAGUUUUUUCAAGUAAAUGGUUUCUCAAACAACUACUGGGGAUGGGGUGGAGAAGAUGAUGACCUUAGAGUGAGAGUUGAACAGCAAAAAAUGAAAAUUGUACGUCCCCCUGCUAACGUAGCGCGCUAUACCAUGGUGUUUCACAAACGAGACUCUGGAAAUCAGGUUAACAAAAACAGGAUGAGGUUAUUAAGACAAACGACAAAGAUGUGGAGAGUUGAUGGACUCAACAGCUGCGUAUAUGACACUUUAUCGGUCGGGAGGUAUCCUCUCUAUGUGAAUAUCACAGUUAACAUUGGUCAGCCUCAGAGCUGAGGACUCUGAAAGAAAACAAGUCCUUAUUCUGAUAUCAUUUCCAGUUCGGGCCACAUCAAGAUCCUGAAUUUCCUCAAAGGGCCGGAUGUGGCAGAAUUUAUUAAUAGAACUACCUAUUAACAAAACAGUUUAAAUAAUGUGGCUUGACAUGAUGCCAAGGCACAUUGCGACCGCCAAUAGGUCAGUUGCUGACAAGCCCACUGGAUGUAGGGUAAUGUCAGUACUUGUUAAAAUUAAUUCAUAUUCAACAAUUCUUCACAUUGAUGUACUUUGGCACUAAAAACUAAUUUGGUUUGACUGGUAAAAUAAUAUUAAGCACACAACCAGUAUCUUGAAGCUGUAUUUAUGUCGCCUUAUAGAGACAUGAGAGCCACAUAAACAGAUGUGGCGGGCCAGAUUUGGCCCCCGGGCCUUGAGUUUGACACCCAUUAUUUUCUAUGAGGUCGAGACCACUGUGUGCUGAAAGGUUAUUAGAUAACUGACAAACUAAAUUCUCUUUGGUGAGAUGAUAUUCCAGAUAUUUAGCACAAUUUUGCAUAUCCAUGUUUUAUUUCUUUAUGUUGUUAGGAAUGUAAUCUUCAAUCACUGAAUUGUUAACUUCAGCUGUCAUUCCAGUAGUUUUUUAAUAUGUUUUCUAUACCAUUGUUACCUGUCAGACGCUGAUUAAUUCACACUCAUGCCUUAUUUUUUGCCUGUCUCUCCACCACCUCAUACUGACCAGGUCCUUGUUUUGGCAUUUGACAAGCAAUGAUUGGUUGUUGUAUGGCUUAACAAAGUCAUAAUCUGUUGAUCUUGUAAUGUGAUACUGAACAGGUUCCAGGAUGCAGGUUUUCUUAGAGAGAGAGAUUACAUAGUGAGGCCAGCAGAGGUAAACAUUGCCUAACAAUGUCUUAAGAAGGAGGAAUUUAUACUAUUAAUCUUUUGCACAUGAAGUACCUCAAAUGUAAGCGGAUCGUUCGCAGUGAUAAGCAAAGGUAAGAAUACCUUUGAAUCUUUUUUUUUUAAUUUUCUCAAGUGAUAAGCACAAAGUUGAGAGAUUUUUGGGAGGAUUUUUUUGUGAUGGAACAACACAAAAUCAUGCAUUAUUCAGAAGUGGAAUGAUUGGCAAACUAUUUUGCAAAUUGUGUAAUAACAUUUAUGUUCCCUGCAUAAUUUCUUGGUCAAACAACACUUUUGCUGAGAUUGGAGCUUAAAGAUUUCCUGUCUCUGCUCUACAGAAAAUGUAAUUUUUUUAAUGUAAAAUAGUUGCAGUUCACUCAGGUUGGAUGGAGAGAGUUUGUGAACAUCAGUUAUCAAGUAUUGCCACAGAUUCUCAAUUAGCAACCCAAAUGUGUUUAUAGCUGCAUAUUUAUUGGGUCGUUCUUCUGCUGGAAGCAAAUUCUCCAUCCCAGACUCAAGCCUUUUGUAGCUUCUUAAUACAUUUUCCUUUCACUUGCCAUGUAUUUAGCUCCUCCCACCUUCCUAUCAACGCUGUGUUGAAGAAAGGCAUUCCUAGAACAUGAUAUGCCUUCAAGCAGUUUUCAGUAUAGGAACGGUGUGACCAGUCCAACUCCAGUCCUCAAGGGCCAAUGUCCUACAUAAAUCACAGUCUGCAGAAGCUUUGCUAAUGACCCAUCAACUUGAUCCAAGUGUGUUAGACAGUGCUUUGUGAGAUGUCCAACGCGUGGUCGUUUUUUUAUAACCUCAUCAUGAUUUAAAAGUAUCCAGAGCUUUAGCCCUGGUCUUCAUGCUGCUGUUUGUUCACUGAUGUUCUUUAGCAAACCUCUGUGUCUUUCACAGAACAGCUGAAUAAAAACUGAUAAUUAAUCAGAGACUAGUUUUAAUUAGGAGACUUGUAAAGAUAUUUGGUUGCACUAGAUUUAAAGGUGCAGAAUCUAUACGCAUGGCAUACUCUUAUGAUACUUUAAGAUAGUAUAUAAAAGCAUGCAUAUUUUCCUUUCACUUUUUAAUAAUGCUGUACUCUGAUUUUGUCCCACAUAAAAUCCCAAUAAAAUACAUUUUAUUAUAACACAAUAGUUUAUAUUACUAUAAGGGUAUCUGUUAGGUUUAUUUAGGUCCUAACCUGCAAAGAAUCAACCAGAGACACAAAUUACUUUUCUGCAGAAGAGGGGAGCAGAACCAAACGCGGAGAACCGCCGUCAAAACACUGUCUGUGAUCAACUCCGUCUUUUGUCUCCACUGCCUUUUAUUAUGUUUACAAGGAAGGAGGUUGGGCUUUUUCACAUAGUCACACAAAGAACUGACCAAUGACCUUUACUACAGGAUGUUCUGGAACCUUCUGUGGACAGACGUUUUCUAACAGUAUCAAUACAUUUGCAAGGCCCUGUGUUUGAAAGCUUUUCAAUUCCAGACUGAUCACAUCAUAUCUCCAGCAGAAUCAGUUUAUAUUGCUGAUGAAUCACUAUUUAGUUUUAUUGGAAAUAGUACAGGUCUGAGGAAACCCAUUAGGUUGUUCAGAGCCCAUCCAACUGAUGAAGAUCUAACUAUGAUCACCUUGGUUACACAUGAAGGAUUCAGAUUUGUAUCAGUCUGACAGCAAAUGACAAACAAAACCUCUUCUUCCAAGAUGGAGAAAACAAACAUAUGCUACAAAUACAGUAAUAUCAAUAUACUGUGGUUAGUAUGAAGUCAGAAAUGCAGUUAUACCUGGUAUGAUGGUUUUAAGUGGUAGAUUUGUUCCUUUUUUAAGGUAGUCUCAUACUGACACUGAUGUUUUUUACUUUGAAAUUUUGUCUCAUACUUAUGGUAUAAUUUAGGGUUACAAUGACAUUGUAAGUUUUAUCACUCCAAAGUCAUUUUCAGUUAUAUUUAUACUUCUCUUGCAUUAGUAAAAUAAAUCUGCUUUAGUAACUUAAGUGAUAAUUACAAUCAUAGGAAGUUUCUAUAAGAAGCAAGUUUAAUGAGCCAAAAUAAUUUUCUUUGUAAAACUAUUAUUUUCUUUGUUAUUUUAAAGCCUUAUAUGCUUUGUUUCAUGUGGGACUAACUAAUAGGUGAUGGAUUGUAUACCACUUUUAACUUUUAAAGAAAAUCAACAUUAUAGAAAAUUGCUGAAGGAAAAUCAGCAUAUUUGCUUCUAUUGUAGCAUGUUUCUGACAUAUAUCAAAUUAUUUGAAGGAUUUUUUUUAUUAUUAUUUUUAUAUCAUUUUAGAACAUGGGGUGCUUUCAAAUUCUUUUUUCGAAACUGAAAAGUGUGCCCAUGCUAGCACUGUCACCUUGACAAUUCACUCCUUGUAUGUUUUUGUGUCAGAGUCAUGUGUCAGAAUCGCCAAAGGUUGCUUCUCAUUAAGGAAGCAUUUAUGUAUGAGAAACAAUUUUGCACACCUCAUUAAUUGGCAGUAUACUGUAGUACUAGUACAACAUAUUUUAAACAUUUAAUGUGUUUUUUUUUAUCUCUCCUUAAUGAAUGACAUUAUUUUUUGGGUGGUAGAAUGAAUGUGUAGACCGGUAAAGAAAAGCAUUUACUUUUAAAACAACUUUGCUGACAUUUUAAAGUUUAAAAUAAUGCUAUUUGAACUCUUGAAGAAUGUCACUUGACCAAUUUUAUUUUCAAAGCUUUUUUGGGUGGAUGUGUCAAAAGUGAGAUUGUUUUGUUGAGCCUUUUUGUUUUUGUAUCUUUAGGUUUUUACAAGCUUAUAAUAAAAAUAGUUUCUCUAAUUGAUUCUACUGAUGUUUUUUGUUGUUGAUACUAUAUUAAAGAGUUCUAAAACUGGUUUGUACAGUUCACCCCUUAUUUAAUAUUUAAUAAAGAGGUGUUUACUUUUUCAUAUUCAUAUUCAUACUU